AUGGUGUUUUCGACUUCGCCUUCUCUUUUCCUCAUCUCGGCCUCCGACGAAAAAACUGUCUCGCAAUGGGACGUUCUGACGGGGUCGCUAAUCAAGACUCUUCACGACCAUGGCCAUUCUGCACAUUCUGAUCCUAUUAGCGUGAUUGAUUUUAAUGGCGACGGGUCUCGGAUUAUUUCUUGUAGAUAUGGUGGUCUUUGCAAGCUUUGGGGUGUUUCUACUUGUCACUGUAUGAAGACUCUCACUUAUGAUGAAGAGAUUCCUCCUGUUUCAUAUGUCAAGUUUUAA